AGGUUCGGCGAGCACUUCCGGGUCGCCGGCGCAGCUCUGCGGCUCCCGCGGCUGCCGAAGAGGCGGUCGGGAAGUGGCUGCUUCCUGCUGGGCCGCUGGCCGCUCCGCUUCGGUCCGCUCCGCGGCGGGAAGCGCCUUCCCCACAGGAGCCUCCAUCCUGCCUGCAGCAGUCCACAGCCCCGCCAGCCGCGCGCAAGGGUCCCAUCUUCUCUUCCUUCUCGCCAGCGCGUAUCUCUGGUCUUCGCGAUAACGGCCGUUAUAACAGGUGCGAGGUGAUCGCUCAACGUGGUUUUAAUUUGCGUUUCUCUGAUGAUCCGUGGUGUCAAGCAUCUUUUCCCGUGUGUCUUGCCGGACAUCAAUGCAAGCCUGAAUAAGAAAAACAAUUUCUUCCUCCUAAGCCAUGGCAUAUCAGUUAUAUAGAAAUACCACUUUGGGAAACAGUCUCCAGGAGAGCCUUGAUGAGCUCAUACAGUCUCAACAGAUUACCCCCCAACUUGCCCUUCAAGUUCUACUUCAGUUUGAUAAAGCUAUAAAUUCAGCAUUGGCGCAGAGGGUUAGGAACAGAGUCAAUUUCAGGGGCUCUCUAAAUACAUACAGAUUCUGCGAUAACGUGUGGACUUUUGUAUUGAAUGAUGUUGAAUUCAGAGAGGUGACAGAACUUAUUAAAGUGGAUAAAGUGAAAAUUGUAGCCUGUGAUGGUAAAAAUACUGGCUCCAAUACUACAGAAUGAAUAGAAAAAAAUCGCUUUUUUAUGCCAUCUUCUGUUAUAAUUCAUCAAGUUUUUGAAGAGAAGCAUAGAAGAGACUUUUUUUUAUUUAUUCUAGCAUCGCAGAAAUGACUACACUGUGCUAUAUAUACUACCAGAAUUCCAAUAGAAAGAAGCUUAUAACUGUAACCUCUUACAUUACCUUUUCAGCAUGAAGAAACAGUUUUUUUUAAUGACAAACAUUGUUGCCUUCCUAAGAACAUUCUUGAAUAAACUCAUUUUAAAACUCCA